UUUUUUUUUUAUCAUUACACAUAGUAGUGUAUUUAAUUUAAAGCUUUUUUUUUAUUUUAUUUUUUUUUGUUUAUAAAUAAAUAUUCAAAGAAAUGACGCUUAGACUUGGCUCAGUUGCUCCUGAUUUUGAGGCUGAAACGACACAAGGACCUAUUAGAUUCCAUGAAUUCAUUGGUGAGAACUGGACCGUUCUCUUUUCCCAUCCUGCCGACUUUACACCUGUCUGUACUACUGAAUUAGGUCUCGUAGCUGCCCUUCAAGAUGAAUGGGAUGCUCGUCAAGUUAAAGUGAUUGGCUUAUCUGCAAACGGUCUUGAAGAUCAUAAAAAAUGGAUUGCUGAUAUCAAUGAAAUUAGUCAUGUUAAUCUGACAUUCCCCAUCAUUGCUGAUGCAGAUCGUAGAAUCUCCAUUCUUUAUGACAUGUUGGAUUAUCAAGACCCUACCAACGUGGAUGCUAAAGGUAUUCCUUUUACUAUUCGAUCUGUCUUCAUCAUUGAUCCCAAAAAGACGAUUCGUUUAAUCUUGACCUAUCCUGCCUCUACAGGUCGUAACUUUGAUGAAAUUUUACGUGUUAUUGAUUCACUUCAGUUGGGUGAUACAUAUCGUAUCACAACACCUGGUAAUUGGAAGAAGGGGGAUGAUGUGAUUAUUCAUCCUUCUGUUUCUACUGAAGAAGCUCAUUCCAUGUUUCCAAAAGGGGUUAAAGUGGUUAAACCUUAUUUGCGUCUUACCCCGUCACCCUUUUAAUGAUGUCAUUUGAGUGAAAAAAAAAUAAAUAAAUAAAAUAAAUACAUACAUGCAUACAUAUAUAGUUUUAAGCAUAAAAUUUAU